UCAGCCUUGUAAGCCUAUGUAAGGCACUCCUCACCUCAGUUCUAGGCAUCCUUCAAUCCCCGAAUUCUCUCGCUCAUAAGAAUUCUCGAGUAGUGAAAAGGCGAAGCGCCAUGAGUUUCCUGGAGAAGAUUGGGUUGAAAGCCAAGGGGCUUCGGAAGCCUCGGUAUCAGGCCUACGGCAAAAUCACCUUCGAAGAAGUUGACGAGGUAAGCAACUUCAAAGCUCCGAAUUUAACUGAAAGUAUGCUCUAUGAUACUAAAAGGGCAAAGAAGGGGAAAAGUGUGAGGGCCUACAAGGCCACCACAAGAGACUACGAUGGUAACACUGAAGUCCACACCUCAGCAUGGGAGGACCAAGAUGUUACCAGAGAAUGGGGAUUCUACCACAUAUCUGCCAUCCAAAUCUUAGCCAAAUGGCUAGGAAACACAGGUUUGGAUAUUCCUCUAACCGUUGUUUUGAGAGACAAGCGUAUUCUUGAUACAGAACGACAGAUUAUGGGAAUUUGGUCUACCAACCUGUACACCGGAGCGGUAUAUACAGAAAUGUUUCUGAAUUUGCUUAUUAGUGCUGGUGACCGACACAAGCUAUCGUGUUGUGUCAUUGAUGCGAAAGCUCAGGUAAACAUGACGGAGGAAAGUAAGGGUUUAAGCUUGAGCAUUAAUACCCACUUUGCCUGGCUAGAACGACCAUAUCCCUACACGUCUAGGGAUUACAUGUUCAGAGCCGAAAAAGAAUCAGACGGAAAGAGCAUUUACAUAAAACCCAGCACCGUAGAUGCCAGAACAAUUCCUCAGCCAAUUGAAGUCAGCAAAUCAGAAAUAAUCCGCGAUUUCAAUUUCCAGAGAGAAGAACCCCCUUUGAACGCUCAAGAGGCUGCCACUACCAGAGGAGCAUAUACGGUCAAAAACAACAAGCUUUAUGUUAGGUUUGAGUAAUCCUCGGAGCGUAGCAGAA